AUGUACAGAGACAGGGAGAUGUGUACAGAGUCUCCUCAGGACAGUGCCAUCACAAGGGACAUCAACAGGACUUUCCCAGCUCACGACUACUUUAAAGACACUGGAGGAGACGGACAAGACUCCCUGUACAAGAUCUGCAAGGCCUACUCUGUUUACGAUGAGGAGAUUGGCUACUGCCAGGGACAAUCCUUUCUGGCUGCUGUGCUGCUGCUGCACAUGCCCGAGGAGCAAGCUUUCAGUGUCCUCGUCAAGAUCAUGUUUGAUUACGGGCUCAGGGACCUUUUCAAGCAGAACUUUGAAGAUCUGCAUUGCAAGUUUUUCCAGCUUGAGAGACUCAUGCAG